AUGUAUUCCAAUUUCGGACAGCAGCAGCAGCAGCCUGGCACCGGCCAGCAAUAUGGAGGGGGCUUCAACAACUUGGGCCAGCAGCAACAGCAGCAGCCCAGCCCUUUUGCAUCCCAGCCGACUGGCUAUGGCCAGCCGCAGCAGCAGCAGUUCACCGGAUACCCCAUGCAGACCCAGCCGACCGGUAUGCCGCAGCAGUCGCAGUCACAGCCGCUCCAGCAGCAGUACACGGGCUACCCCUCGCAAGGCUUCAACACGGGCGCCGCACCGCCGCCGCUGCCUUCGAUACCGAGCCAAUACCAGUCGCAGUUUCUGCAACAGCAAGCGCAGCCGCCGCAGCAGAACUUCCAGCCUGCGCACGCCACGGGCUUCUCCGCAUCACCGCAGCAGACUGCUGGACCUACGCAGCCGCCGCCCGCUUCUGUGAAACCCCAGGCUACUGGAUUCAGCCAGAUGGCUGCUUCGUUCAACAUGGGGGGUGGAUCCUCCCAUCCGCAGGAUACUCGGCCGGUCAAGACGAACAAAAUUCCCAACAUACGACUGUCGUUUAUCACCGCCAAGGACCAGGGACAGUUUGAAACUCUUUUCAAAUCGGCUGUGGGUGAGGGCUCCAGCACCAUGUCUGGCGAGCGCGCACGCGAUCUGCUUCUUCGCUCGAAGCUCGACGGUGACUCGCUCUCUCAUAUAUGGACGCUGUCGGAUACCACGAGGGCUGGGGAGCUGUACUUUCCCGAGUUUGCUCUGGCCAUGUACCUCUGCAAUCUGAGACUCUCUGGUAAGACACUGCCCCAGAUGCUGCCCGAAAAUGUCAGAAACGAAGUCUCGAGCAUGGUCGACAUUAUUGGUUUCAGCGUUGUUGACGAGUCUGGGGGCUCUUCUCUCGCUGCGACCAAUAAGCCGGAUUUCCAGUCCAACAGCCAGACCGCCGCCCAGCAAUCCCAGCCUCAGGCGUCCAACUCUCAGAUUCUGCAGUCGCAAAUGACAGGCUUCCCGACUCAGCAGACUGGCUUUGGCAACAUCCAAAGCAUGCAACCACACGCGACUGGCUUCCCUGGUGUGCAGAACCCCCAACCGACAGGUUAUGCCGGCCCCAGGCCACCAAUGCCGCCUAUGCCUACGGGCUACAACCAAAGCGGCAUGUCUAUGCCUUUGAAUGCGCAGCCAACCGGUGCACCAGGCCAGUGGGGUCUUGUUAACGCUCCAUUGUCUGGGUUACCUAAUAUUGAUGCUUUGCAGGCGCAAAUGAUGCCUCAGCAGGGCCGCGAGGGUGGUACAUUUACCACUCAAGGGCUUCAGGGCAAUGCCGUCAUCCCGUGGGCUAUUACCAAGGAAGAGAAGACACGAUACGAUACUCUUUUCCGAGCAUGGGACGGUUUUGGCAAAGGGCACAUUCUGGGCAGUCAGGCUAUUGAGAUUUUUGGCCAAAGCGGUCUCGAGAAGCCCGAUCUGGAGCGUGUCUGGACGCUGGCCGACCAUGGCAACAAGGGUCGUCUGGAUCUGGACGAAUUCGCUGUCGCCAUGCAUUUGAUUUACAGAAAGCUGAACGGCUACCCCAUUCCCAGUAACCUGCCUCCCGAGCUCGUUCCGCCCUCUACGCGCAACUUUAGCCGAUCGAUUGGCACGCUCAAGAAUAUGCUGCAUCAGGAGUCCAACUUCCGCAAGGACUCUGGCGCUGCUUUGCUGCCGCAAAAGACUGGCGUUAGCUACAUGAAGAACCGCUCGCUGCGUGGAAACAACUCUCCCACUACUGCUGGCCGCAAAGAUGCCACCGUAUUCCGAAAUGACGAUGAGAGCUUUGGUUACAAGUCUAGUGCUCGCCGUAGGGUUGGCAACAACGCUGGGGAGCGCUCUGAAUCGCCCUCGUCUGUUGGCUCCAACGAUGAGCUGAGUCUGGAACAGCUCCGAAAGAAGAUCAAGGAGAAGGAGGUCCUUCUCGAUGCCAUGGACUUCCAAGAUGAGAAGAACAUGGAAGAGGACGAUAUUCUUGACAGACGCGAUCGCCGCGAAUCGGAGGAGUUGUACCGCCGUAUCCGUCGUAUCCAGGGAGACAUUGAUGCUCAUCCCAAUGCGUCUUUGGCGGGCGGCGACUCUGAUGCUGAGAAACGCGCUCUGAAGCGUCAACUCCAGAACCUUCUUGACAAAGUGCCUGACCUGGCUUCGCAGGUUCGCAGGACUGAAAAGGCCAUCAUGGAUGCCAGACUUGAACUUUUCCGUCUCAAGGACGCCAAAGCGAACCCUGGUAGUGCUUCGAGCAUUGUUGGAACUGGCCCCGGUGGCAUUGUCACCGAAUCCGAUAGACUGAAGGCACGAGCCAAGGCCAUGAUGCAGCAGCGUACAGCUGCCCUGACUGGCAAGAAAGUUGACGUCCCGCUCACUGAUGACUCUGCCUCCAAGCGGCUAGAGGAAGAGAACAUCAAGGUGAAGAAUGAGAAGGAAAGCAACGAGAGAAUGGUCCGUGAUGUCGAAGAAAGCGUUGGCGAAUUUGCCCGCGGCAUUGAAGAUAACCUCAAAGACGGUGCCCGCGACAAGAGUAACGAGCACGAGAAGCGCCGGUGGGAGGAUGCACUGGGCGUCGAGGAUGAAGUUCGCGAUUUUAUCUUCGAUCUCCAGCGCGAGAGCCGUUCUUCCCGCGUUCGGUCCCAGGACAAGCGCACCACUCGAACCACGGCGGCUGAGCAGCCACGUCAGGAGCGUGCUGCUCCCGCCCCUACUCGAGUUGAAUCCCCGGCAUCAGCUUCACGAACCUCUACACCCCCCGCUGCUGGUGGUUCCUACGCUGCUUACAAAACACCUGAGGAGCGUUCCGCCUUCAUUCGGCAGCAGGCGGAGCAGCGCAUGGCUGAGCGUCUUGCUGCUCUUGGUAUCAAAGCUCCUUCCAAGCCGGGCGAGAGCGCGGCACAGCGCAUUGAACGCGAAAAGGCGGAGCGAGCAGCCAAGCUCAAGCAAGCCGAAGAGGAGGAUUCGCGCCGAGAGUCCGAACGUCGUGCUCGGUUGGCAGACGAGCAAGGCGUGCCCCCUCCAACUGCUGCAGAGACGCCUAAGCCCGCGCCCCCUCCUCCUCGAAAGGCACCCAAGGCCGAUGUUGUUGAGACCCAGGCAGCGGAAGAGAAGCUUGUCGAACAACAUCAACAGCAGCAGCAGGAAGCUAGAGACAUGCAGUAUGUACGACCAUCAAACAGCUUGAAGUGCAACACUAACAAGGAAUUUAGAAACACGGUGAAGGAGGAAGAAGAUGACUAUGCCAAGGAGCAGCAGGCCACCUCGGCACGCCUCAAGGCCUUGGAGGAGCAGGUGAAGCAGGGCAAGCUACGCAAGGAAGAGGAGAAGAAGAGGAAGAAGGCUGCUCUGGCCGAGGCCAAAGAGAAGGAGACUAAGCUGGCUGCCCGACGAGCAGAGGCGGAAGCUGCAAAGCAGAAGGAGCUGGAGCUGCAGCGCCAGUUGGAGGCCAUGGACGGUGACUCUUCGUCAGACGAUGAGGAUGGCCCGGAGCAAAUUACGCCCUUGGAGUCUUCCACGCGCAGCCUGGACGAGGAGCCCAAAUCUGCACCACCCCCACCUCCUGUGCCGGUCACCUCACCGCCGCCGACGAUAGUGACGUCGCCCCCCGCCGAGAGGGAGAGCAAGAACCCAUACAAGAAGAUGAUGUCGCACCCGUCCGAGGCCACGUCUCCUGCGACCACGUCGCCCGAGGCCGCUCCUGCGGCCGCCGUCGCCGUCGCCCCUCCCGUGCCCAAAGCUGCCACACCACAGGCCGAUGCUUCGACGAACCCCUUUCACCGCAUGACCCAGCAGGGCGGUGGUGCUGCUGCCGUUCCACCUCCUUCGCAGGCUCCCAUCUCGCGCAAGAGAGCCGACGACUCGGACGACUGGGGCUCGGACAGGGACGAGGACGAGGACGACUCGGAGGACGAGCGCCCAGGCGGUGGCAACGCGGCCCAGCUGGCGUCGAUCCUGUUUGGCACCAUGGCACCACCGCGGCCGCUUUCUGCGGCCGGCAGGGACUCUAAGCCGGCCAGCCCAGCGCCGGCCAGAGAGGCUCCCAUCGCGUCGCCCCCUCCCCCUCCCCCUCCCAUGACUUCCUCGGAUGCACCUUCUGGUCCGCCUCCGCCUCCUCCUCCUAUGCCUGGCAGCAGCGACUUGGGGGCACCCACUGGCGCACCGCCUCCGCCUCCUCCCAUGCCUGGCAUGGCAGCUCCUCCUCCGCCUCCUCCUCCGGCUGGCGGCGCACCACCGCCUCCACCGCCUCCCAGCGGUGCACCGCCCGCGGCGUCAUCAGUUGGUGCCCCCCCGUCGGGGUUCCUGGGCCAGAUCCAGGGCGGCUUGAAGUUGAAGAAGACACAGACCAAGGAGAGCUCUGGAUCAACAGUCGGGAAGGUUCUUUAG